UUCUUCAUCUUCUUCCUCACACACUCACUCAUCCCCAAACAAGUCAUAACAGUAAUCUACCAUUUUUCCGAAUCCUUGAGUUAGAAAAUAACCAUGGGUGUGAGCACAUUCAGUGAUGAAUACAUUUCCCCAAUUGCCCCAUCGAGGAUCUUCAAGGCGUCGAUCGUCGAUUCUCACAACUUGAUCCCGAAGCUCCUGCCGCAAGCCAUCAAAAGCAUUGAGUUCACACAGGGUGAUGGAGGUGCUGGGAGCAUCAAGCAGAUCAACUUUGCUGAAGGUAGCCCUCUCAAGUGUGUGAAGUACCGUGUGGACGAACUGGACGAGAAGACGCUUACUUAUUGCUACACGUUGGUGGAAGGCGAUGCUUUGGCGGAAAAACUGGAGAAGAUAACCUACGAGGUUAAGUUUGAGGAGUCGGGCGAUGGUGGCUCGAUUUCCAAGGUUACGAGCAAGUACUACACUGCUGGGGACUUCACUCUCAAGGAGGAGGAAGUGAAGGCAGGCAAAGAGAGGGUUUUGGGGAUGUACAAGGCUGUUGAAGCUUUCCUCAUUCAGAACCCAGAUGCCUAUGUUUGAAUUUGAUUGUGCCCCCUCUGUUUGUUGUUUGCUUUCCUGUUCAAUAACUUUUGGGGGGUAAUAACUAAUAAUCAUCAUUUCUGUUGAAUAAAAUGUGUUCCAUUACCGUUUCUAUA